AUGCACGGCCCCGAGACUACCCCGCUGCAGCAGGGGUCGCUUCCCCGUCGGGCAUCGCACUGUCUAAGGGUCGGCAGGGUCGCGGGGUUCCUCCCACCCGCCGCCCCGCCCGGCCUGCGGCGCAGAGCCUCGCCCGCCUCUUCUGGCCCCGCCGCCGCCGCCGCCGGAACAAAGGCGCACCGCCCGCAGCUCCGCGAGGCCAACGGGUGCAGUGGGCUCCCGACCCAGGCUGGGCAGCAGGGCUCUGAAGACCCGGGGAGGAGCGGCCGAAGCCCGCUGCUCACCUGCAGCCGCUCUGCGCUGCCGCGCUCAGCCGGGCCAGCCGUGACCUACUUUCCGCUCCGGAGCAAGACGUAA